AUGUCCUCAGAAUGGCGUAGACUACGUCUAUCGCAAGAAUCUCUGCCCCCGCUGCUCUGUCAGUACACAUGGACCCGCCAAGGCUAUGAGCUGUACGUGACAGACCUGACCUCCAUCUGGUCUGAACGACUAUCUCGUAAAGAGAUUUUGAAACGAGCGGAUGAUUGCGCCACUACGAUCGAUCCUAGCGAGGAUUUGGACCAGCUUGAUCUUCUACUCACCAAGAUCGGAGAAGCUCUCCGUGGCGACGGGGGCACUACUACAACGAUAAACACUAGUACUACUUCGGAUUCUCUCGAACUCAACACGAGCACCAAAUUGCCCGCUCCUUUAAGACCGCUCAAAUGGACUCUUUAUCUGUCCAAAGAGCCUGCUUCCUCUACGACGUCUCAUUUGGUUCUGCCGCUGUUACGAGGGGAGGCGUCCUGGGAAUCCCGUCAGCGAUCCUUAUUGGAUCAGCUCAAGCAGAAGGACUGGGUGCUAGGGAAGCUGUUUGACAGAUUCGAAGCUCUAGGAGCAGAUCUUGGAACUGUUUUCCCCGGUGCAGCUGGUCUGCGCACCACUCGAAAGGGCAGCUCGAGACCCGAGGCUGCCAAGUUCAUCAAAGGUGUUGCGCCGUUUAAUGAGCAAAGCUGGCUCGCCGAAUCUGUAGGCUCUUCCUCCAGCUCCAAGGUAGCUUUCAACCUAGUCCAUGAGCUCGCAGGAUCUGGCACUAGUCUCGAUAUUGAGAGACUCCGCCCGUCGCAAGACAAGUGGUGGAGCAGUCUGCAAAGGCACCCUGAGACCCUUUCUUUCCAAGAGGAGGAAACGAAGAAGCCUUCUACAUCCCAGAGCAGAGCCAAGCCUAUUGAAUCACAGGGCGAUGUAGAUCUGGAUGAGGAGACGGCAUCGGAAAGUGACCUUGAUGAGUUUGAGCAACAAGAAGUCGUUCCUCGACAUAGGGCACAAGACACUAAACCCGCGAUAUCUCCCCCAAAGCCAAAGGCUAAAAAGAAGAGUCUAUCGCCAUCGCCCCAAACAGCGCAUACAAACGAUGGGACGGCAACCGAAUCCGAGCAUGAACUUGAACCCGAGCUUUUGCCUCCACCUCGACGAAGACGUACACCUACACCGACAGCUUCACCUCCCCCAAAACCCACCGUGCCAGAUACACCACCGAAAGAGCCUAUCAAGAAGCCCAAAAAGGGCCUCGGCGUGAUCGGAGGCAAGAAGAAAAUACCAGAACCAGAGCCCCAACCAGAGCGUGUACCUUCACCACCGCCCAAAGAACCUUCCAUGCAACCCGAGGAUCAUGCACCAGCCAUCGCAUCACCGCCCAAAACUAAAAAGCCCACAAGGCUGGGCAUGAUAGGCGGCAAGACGAAAACGAAAGCAGCGCCUCCCACGGAGACACACCCCGCUCAACAGGAGUCUCCAGCUCUGGUCCCUUCACCUGAGCGAAAGCCUCGUGGACAAUCUCCAGCGCCCAUGCAACCAGUCACAGACAGUGUGUCGCCGGAGAUGGAAUCUCGGGAGCCUUCACUGCCAGUCAAAGCCCCAAGUGCAGCACCGGCUCCGGAAGAAACUGAGGCGCAAAGAGCUGAUCGUAAGCGGGAAGAGUUAAAGCGACAGUUGGAAGCGAAGAGUAAGGUGCCUGCGAAGAAGAAGCGGAGGUUUUGA